AUGGCGUCUUCUUUUCUGGCCGCCGUCGCCGGUCAAGGCAAAUAUGAUGUGUUCUUGAGUUUCAGAGGCGAAGAUACUCGCAAGAACUUUACCGAUCAUCUCUACGCUGCUUUACAUCAGAAAGGAAUCUUCACAUUCAGAGACGACGAAGAACUCGAGAGAGGAACGGAAAUUUCAUCGGAGCUCUUGAAAGCCAUUGAAGAAUCGAGAUUUUCGAUUGUAAUUCUCUCGAAAAACUAUGCUUCUUCCACGUGGUGCUUGGAUGAGCUUGCGAAAAUUGUUGAGUGCAUGGAGGUGAAGGAGCAGAAGGUUUUUCCGGUUUUUUACGGCGUAGAUCCAUCGGAAGUACGGAAGCAGACCGGAGAGUUUGAAAAAGCUUUUCGUAAACAUGAAGAGGAGAUCGAUGAGGAGAGAAUUGAACGGUAGAGAUCAGCUCUCGGUUGACUUGGCAGAAUCUCUGGUUAUCAUUUG